UUCUCAGUAUUGCUCACUCGUGUCGUGACAGUCGUCAUUAUUGUGUACGCUACAAGCUCCGAGAUCAUUCAUACUGGGUGAGAAAUUGUUUUUCCUUUUUUGGAAGAAUGACUGAUACCAAAGGAGAUAAGACGAAGGUGGACCUGGGGCUCCUCGAGGAGGAUGAUGAGUUCGAGGAGUUCCCUGCUGAAGAUUGGACCGCGAAGGAUGAGGAUAAUGAGGAUAUUAGUGUCUGGGAGGAUAACUGGGAUGAUGAUGAUGUGGAGGAUGACUUCAAUCAACAACUUAGGGCGCAACUUGAGAAGCAGAAAGGUCAGGGCGAUCAAAACUCCAAGGAAUGAAUAUCCCAAAAUUUGUACUUUAUAAAUAACGCUUAAUUAAUAGUUAAGAAUAUUAGUUUAAAUACAAAACCAACUUUUCACUUCUUUUCAAUCCACUGUAUAUUUCAAUGAUCCACAUUAGUAUACACCAUGUCAAAGAAAAAAUCUGGAAUGAAUUAAGUAGUACCUUCACAAAA